UCUAAGGUGACGCUCGUGCUCUGCGCCGUACUGCUGGCAGUACAGGCCAAUAAGGACGAUGAGAAGAGCAGGGAGCGCGAAAAACGCCAGCACCAACCCCUGGUGGGCCACCACCCCCGGCGCUCAGGCCGACCACCACCGUACGCGGUGCAAAUGGAGCCGAUAGGGCGAUACUCGCAACGGGACCCCCUGUACAAGCCCCUGGCCGAGGCCAAGACCGGCGAAGAACUCGUCCCCGCUGCCACGGGCUACUACGAGGAGCCCAUACCUUACAACAAUUACUACCCAACCGAGCCCGAGCCCAUCAUCGAGAUCAUCAUCAAGGAGUCGAACGAGUCCCUACCGACCCCCGCGCCACCCCCACGGCCCUCCCUCCACAAGCCCAAGAAGGAGCCCAUCCAAGUGUUUUACGUCAAAUACGAGAAGAAGCAGGCCUACGGCGAGGACAAGCCGCGCGUCGUCUACGACGUCCCCGUCCCGGCACUUACGCCCGUCGAGGAGCACGAGACGAUCCAGCCCGACAACGACGCCACUGGGGGAGAGGAGGAGGAGGAGGUGCCACCCGCGAGCCCUGCCCCACCGGAGCCCUCGACCACCUUGCGCGCCAUCAUCCGACCGGACAGCGAGGUCUACCACGCGGACAGUGGCAGCGGGCUACGCGUGACCUUCGGUACGGACCAGCUGCCACCCAACAACCACAGCAAGCGAAGCGGCGUCGCUAAGCUGCAGGAGGAGACCGACGACGACGACGAGGAUGCCCCGCCGUCCAACGAGCUGCCCUCGGUGCCGUCCAACAAGCCGGCCGCUCUUCUCCCGCCGGGCUCCAAGCAGAGGACCCACGGGCCCUACGCCCCCCUCCAGCCGCUGCGCGUCGGCCCGACCGUCGUUGGGUUUCCCCAGCAGCGCGUCGUUAAUUCGUUUGCCCAGGCUGUACCUACCGGUAACGGUUUUGCCCAGCAGCCCCAGUUUCACCACCUCCAGGUGCCACCCCACCUGGUGAGGAACCAGCAGUACCAGCAAUCAUUUGUCCCGCAACAGAGGCCGGCGAUAACGGUCCAGGGCCUGCCGGAGGUCCAGCAGCGUCUGCCCUUCAACUCGUUUGCUCAGCCACAGAGGCUUGCUGCCGCCCCGCAUCUCCAGAACUACGUCCAACUGCACCAGUUGCCGCCGAGUCAGAGUCCCGCGGUGAACUUCCUCGCCGAUCCCCACCGCCAGCAGUACGAGAAGCAGCAGCAGCGCGAACAGGAGAAGCAGCGCUACUUUGACCAGCAGAGGCUUCAGAUAGAACAAAAGAGGCUGCAGGAGCAACAACGGCACCACGAGCAGCUCAGGGCACUGGAGCAGCGUCGCAAGCAGGAGGAACAGCAGCAACAACAAAAGUACCAACAGUACCAGCAGCAGCAGCAGCAACAACAACAACAACAGAGCGGAGAAAUCCUCAAAGCCAUCCCGAAGUUGGAGCAGCACUACGCCAUCCGCGAGAAUCCACUUCAUCCGGGUCCCUUCCCGCCCAACCCCCAGUACGCCGAGAUCCCGCAGACGUCCUUCGGCAACAUCAACAACCAGAUCGGGCUACAGCAGUCCAACUUGAUCCAGCAGACGCACCAGCAGCAGAUCCCCCUCCAGCACCCAGGAUUCUCCAAGUUUGGUAGCAACGCUGCGUUCAAGCAACAACAGUACCACCAGCAGCCGGACUACCAGAACCAGCAGCAGUUCUUUGCCCAAAACCUACCUACGGCGCAGCAGCAGAGGCCCUCGGAGCCGCCGCAGCCCGCACCCCCGGCGACGGCCUCGAUAUGGGGCAGGGCCGUCCUCCAGGGCAAACAGCACUACAACUCGAACGAGAAAAUCUACGCUACUCCCGUGACCAAGACCUCCUCGGACAAGUACGCGUCGACUCCGAACAGCAUCCGCCACUCCCCCGCAGCCACGACACCGAGACCAACAACCACCACCACCACGACGACGACGACGCCGACUCCGGCAACGACCCCGUCAACGAAAAACGAGGCCAAGAUCCGGGAGAACAUCGCCAACCUGCCCGACGAGGUCCCGGACGACAUAAGACAGCAGCUCCUCAGCUCCGGCAUCCUCGGCAACGCCGACAUCCAGAUCCUCGACUACGACAAGGUGGGUGGCAUCAACAUCGCCGACCUGCCGCCCGAGGCCUUGGCCAACUUUUACGGCGCCGGGGGAGCGGCGGCCACCUCGGCCAGCGAACCCGUGCCCCAAAUAGCCAAACGGCCCAAGUUGGUGGACAACAACGACGACGAUGAGGUCCAGACGGCGAGUGCCUCCUCGUCGUCGUUUGGCUCGAGAAACGCCAUCCGCACGGAGGAGGUGACUCUACGCCCGGGCGGCGUCGAGAUGAAGGUCGUGCGCUUCGACCCGAACAGCGCCCAGGGCCAGGGCAUAGCCGAGCGCCACAUCCAGGAGAACGCGACCCGCCUCGGGCCCGUCAGCCUCAGCGAGUCGGCCCCGUCGAGCAACGGUCCCACCGAGUACAACCGCUACCUGCCCCUCAAAGUCAGCGGGGCCUCGUUCCCCAUUCCCGACGCGCCCGAGCUCACCGGCAAAAGGAUCGGCUCCGUGGUGGUGCUCGCCCCCGUCGACUACGGCCAGCAGCAACCCGACCAGUCGAGGCACUCGAGGAGAAUCGCCGGUGGCGACGUCCAGGCCAUCAAGUUCCUCGCGGGCGAGUCCCUCAAGCAGCUCGUGCGAAAACCCUCGGCCGAGAACUACAAGCGAUGGCUCGACCACGAGAGGCAGACCGAGCCCCAGAGACAGUCCGUCGUUUUGCUCGUCACCACUCCGCGCAAUACCAGCAGUGGCGAGAAGGAGAUCUUCAUGUACGACGUGGCGUCGGAGAGCGUGAGCAAAUUGGCGGGUGACCUGUCGUCGGCCUUCGUCGACGCGGCCGAGAGUAAUUCGGACGCGGACGAGGAUCCCAUGGACAGCGCCGGCCACUGA